AUGAGCAGUCAUGUGAGACGAUUGCAAUACCACCAGCAACGUCAGGCUCAACUUGGACGAAACGGGAGCGCCUCCGCCUUGCGCCAGGCGGAUUUGUCGAGCUACGCUUUCUCCGAUGAAGGCAGUAUUCUGCGUAGCGGCGUGGAGGGCUCAGUCAUCUCCGGACGCACAGAUCCGAGCUUUCAGACGGGUUCUCGCGACAUCCCACCCCCGAUGACUCGCAGCGCCUACCUAGAUGCGCGACGAUCACCCAGUCUCCUGAGUGGCGGUGGCAUCCGAUACGACCAGUCCGAAGCCCGCGGUCCCGGGAGUAUGCUCAGUCAGCAGGCCUCCACAGUUGCCGGCAGGUCACUCCUCAGCCGGCCCUCCCUCUACGCGCGAAGCAACCUCCAGAGGUCAAGAAGUUUGGCCGCUUCCAAAGUACGACAUCACACGUUGUUAUUUUAAAGUAACUUAACCGUUUUACCGGGGCGGCGUUUCCUGAAAUGACUCUCAGGCACUUUGUAUUUUGCUGCGGCUUUCCAUUUAUACUCAGUCUUCUUCCAGUUAAUUAUCUGGGUCGCGUUUUUCCUCUAUCACUUAAAAUAUAUACAUAUAGGAAGCAAGCGUGUGACCCUCACUGAUGUGGUUAGGAUCUCACUAGAUUCCAUUCUGCCCACCAACCAGCUUGCUACUGGCGACAAAGAACGUUGUGCCGUAGGACACAUACCGCAUAUAAUACGUAAGCAGCUCACUAAGAAGGCAACAGGCCUGUUGCGCUCUUAGUGAGCUGCUUGCGUAAUACCUAUUUUUUAAAAGGCAAAUGCGUCCGUUGGGAAAAGUAGAAUACAUUAUCAGGUAAAUUUUCAACGCGGGAGGAUUAUGCAUUCUGUGCAGAGUAACUGGAGAAGGGGUUAGAGAGAGUUAGCAGUCGGACGAGGGCACGUAUGACGUCGGAACAGCGGUGUCCCAAGUGUCCUUCAGGGAAUGCGUCAAGGCGUCUUCAGCCAGGACACACCUGAUCCCGCCUUAAAUCUGAUUGGCCAGCUAGAGAUCCAGGUGGGCGAACGUUAGACAGCCUUGGUGCGCACGUGCAGACACGCUCGAGGGGCCCAGCGUUGAGGCAUGCGCUCGGAGUAGGGCCACUACAGUGUAAACAUCCGAUAUACCGAAUUUAAUUCCCUGACUGAUGUUCUCCAUUUCUUAUUAAUGUUCUUCGUUGCACUUUUUAUUCGUAGAUAAAUUAGGUUUCAUUAUUACGACAUGGUGGAAGCAGCUGGUGAUGGUGAAUUUUGGAUUGUCGAUAGGGUGUUCAUAGUUAGUCGUGCUGUAGUGCGCCAGAGUUGUGCCAAAAUCUUCAACUUUUCAAUCGUGCACCACUAGUUGGACGAACAGUUUACCACUGGAAACAGAAGUUUGAAUCAACUGGCAACUUAUCCAUUAAGCCGCUAUAAGACAGACUGUCUGUCGAAAUCAUGAAAAAGUGGUGGUAAAUUUCAUAAAAGAGAAUGAUGCACAAAUCAACGAGAAACUGCACGAGCGUGCAUGACUUCGCAACUUUCUGUUCACAAAUAACUGGAAAAGAGGAAAAAAUAAAACCUCUCAAGCGUUCUUUGGAUCAAACAUUGACAGAAGAUAUAAUGUUUUGGUUUUCAAAGACGGAUACUCGUGAACCGCACGGUACACGCACCCCAAAUAGGCUGAAUUUUCGAAAGUUGAAACGCGAUAUGGCGAGAGAUUGCAGUACGUAUGGAUAUACACCGUGCAAAAGUGCAAAGUACACAGAGAUCCGUCAACGGAGUGCAGUAAUAAAACCCUUCUUAAAGAGGUAACAUAUGAGGGAAAGUUUUCUUCUUGAUCGAAGUCAUAUUCAUUGCUGACUUUCGUUGUGGACGGCCAUUUUUCUCGAAAAUUAAGUUUGAUGUUUGAAUGAGUCUUCACAUGUGACCCAAACGACCAUCUUCGUGAAAAGGAGCGCCUGAACACUCAGUAAUUCGGUAAAUGCCUUCAAGAACAAUCUUAUUUUAAAGUUCUCAGCAGACAGGUAAUUCAGAAUCUGUCUUUAUGGGCGAUCGGGUGAAACCUCUGAAGAUCAUGAAGUAUUGACCAAUAUUUCAAGGUCGUCUUCAGCCAGGGCACACCUGACCCGGCCUUAAAUCUGAUUGGCCAACUAGACAGAUAGGUGAGCGAACGUUAGACAGCCUUGGUGCGCACGUGCAGACACGCGCGAGAGGCCCAGCGUUGAGACAUGCGCUCGGAGUAGGACCACUACAAGACUACAUGUGGGAAGGCAUACAUUGUAAUUGAAGGGUGCUGGCACUUCGAUAGUUCGACAGACGCUGACGACGACGACGUCCGCCGCGUGUCCCACGGAGCGCGCGCAGCAACGGCGACCUGCGCGUGAAUGAGCUGCAAUUUUGCGCGGCGUCUGGAGCUCUCUGUUUCCUCAGUAAUCUUGUACCAAUGGAGGGACAGCGUAGAGCCGGACGAAAGUGAAAGCGCGGCUGGGGGGGGGUUAAAUGACCAUCAACGCGUGUCACGCGGAGCAGAUUAUCCCAUCACUUGACGUCCAACCAAGUCAGCAAUGUGGACAUCUAAAGGUAUACUGGCAUACUGGAGCAGGACGUCCUUUCCACUGAUUCCACUCCCCGAGAACAUGCUGGGGAUUGCAUAGUUCGAGAACUUCAGUAAAUCUGAUCUGAGCGCUGCCGGCAGAUAAGUCGAGCAAGAGGACUUGCAGUUCCGUUGGGAUGACGCAUUUUGUAACAACAGUCUGGGAGUCUUUUUAUGCAUUAAGACUUUUCACAGACCAUCGUAGUCUGAUUGAAAGGAUACACAAGGCAGCAAUAGCAAGCAUGUUCCAACAUGGACGCAACGACUGGUUGGAAAGUUGACAAGACGCUCCACUUACUCUGGGGGAAUGGAGAGCCUAAAGUUGGGGUUAAAAGUGCUGGUCAGAUGCGCUGAAGCUUGGAAUGCUCUGUCUGCCGAUAUUGUUAUGUCCAUAUCCGUCGAGACUUUAAGCGCAAGCUGGAUCAGUAUAUCGCUACACAUCAUGAUAUCACCAGACCGAUAUCGUCUUAACUCUCCGUACUAACAAUUUAUUACUGUAGGUAUUUCAGUAGCGUUUGUUUGUUUUAAAUUUUUUUAUUGUUAUAAACUCAUUGCACGCCAAUACUAACAUUCACAUGACCACGAAUACUUGUAGGCAUCCCUUGCCACCGUGAAAAGCGGGCGCUCGACCAUUCAAAUGGAACAUCACGAUCGGAAGGUACAACUCCUCAUCAACGCAGUGGACUUCAAGAAGGCCAAAAAGCCCUACUUCUGGUCCAUCACGUUCUUCACCCUCUUCCUCCUCACCCUCUUCCUUGGUCUGUUGAUCAUCUGUCUACGCCACGUCUACAUGAACCUUGUCCUCUCGCCCUAUCUGGGCGAGGCGAUCGGUCCGCUCAUCUGCGGGGCCUCUUUCCUCUUCCUGGGAGCCGGAUUCAAAUUUCUUUACGACGCCUACCAGCUGGGAGCCAAGGAACGGCAGAAAAUAAAGGUGCGUGGGAGAGGGAAGGGAAAAAUUUACAUGAAUUUGCAUGACUAAAAAUUUCAGGGAAAUUAGAACUCUCCCGGUCCCCCGCCCCCAAAGACGGUGUUGCAGGCAGAAAUAGGAUUCAACUCGGGUCAAAAUGUACCGGCAUGCAUGUAAUCUGAAUAUUGUACAGGGCGGAUCCCCGGUCAAUAGGCUAACUGUGACCAAAACGUUGUGCCUGACCUUACUAGCUGGAGCCUAUUCUAUGCAUCCCUGUCCACUGCCUUUGCGGAUCUCAUUUGAUUCGGGUACGAUUGGUAACGGCCAAUGUUCAGUGACCGGCUCUCGACGGUCAGUCAGUGAUGUAGAAGUAUAUAUUGAUAUGGAUUUAUCGUGCUUCCGGUUUGAGUACUAUAUAAGAUCCCAUACACGUAUUUCGCUGAUCUUCUGCCGAUGUAUGAUACAACUGCGAGGAAUUCGGCUAAUCAAUAGGCCACCCAGCGUUCCCUGUGUGCAUUUCGUUAUCUAAGGGCUGGCCUAAUGAGUCAAACUCCUCGCUGUACUUCGUAUGUAUGCAUUUAUGAAGGAUUAGGCAUCUGACAGCAGUGACCCUUUCAAUAGUAUCGUUUUGUCGGGGGCCAUUAGCGGUGGCAGCUUCAAGAGUAGACGGCAUUACCUACGCCACCUGACUGACACACCUUUGAAGUGUGGCAUUACGACGAUGUCGGUCACCCAACAGUCAUUUAUAACCAAAACAUUGUCGUUUCGUCGUAUUAACUAUCUGCCCAUGUUUGUGACUGGACAGCCAAGCGCAUUUCCUAAGAAUAUUACUGAACGAAGUUGCUCACAGACGACAAGUUUCGUGAAUAGAAUUCGCUUUAAAAGUGCCACAGGAUUUAAGGUCACUGUUUUACUGGCUGCCUGACGGAAACGAUUAAUUAUCGUUUUCUAAAACAACAAUUUUCGUUUUCCUUUUAGUACCAAUCCGCGAGUGCAUCAACAGUAGCUGUCAAGUUAGCCGAGGCGCCCGCAGUUGAGGCGACGUAAGUUCUUCUUCCUUUCCUCAUGUGUAUGUUGUAUCCUCACGAAAAAGCGUCCUGCCCCUAACGGGUGCCGCGUUGUGGAUCUAGACGAAAGCGGGCGUCUCAUCGGCUGGUGGUGUGCGUCAAUUGAUCUGGGCUGGGUCUGCUUGCAGGUUACUCCUGGUUACAGCUGCGUGUGGCAGGGGUUGGGUGGGGACUCCACCUGCGCCCUACAGUCUUCUUGAGUCUCUAUUGACAGCGGGUCCAGGUGGGGAGUGGGGAAGAGGGAGUGCGGAAGAUGCUGCGCAAGUCUACUAUCACUAUAAACUAAUUCACACGCAAGAGACUGAUGGCGAUAACGAGGUUUACCUUCGCAUGGCAAUCCAGUGCUUCUCUAACCAUGAUAAGUCUGCCGCAAUUUGAACCACCAUAAAGUGAUAAAAGCUCGUGAUUUGUAAAGAUGUCAGCCGGUGGGAUGGCCCUACCCCUCAUUGGACGAGGAUCAGGCAGCAAUAAUUAGCCCUCUUUGAGAUACCCAUGGUACACUCGUUUGUAUGAGUUCUCAGACUCCAUGGUUGCCGACUUGACCGUGCAGAGACAGGGACCAUCACGUGCGUGGCACGCGUAGACUGACUCGUCAGUCACUCCGCUGCUAUCAUUUCUGAUGUCUGGGGGUACCCUCUUUUGUAUGUGAUCUCAGACUGCAUAGGUGACGACUUGUACGUGCAGAGACAGGGACCAUCACAUGCGUGGCACGCGUAGACGGGCUAUUAAGCCUCGUCAGUCGCUCCGCUGUUACCAUGUCUGACUGUCUGGGGGUGAGCAUAAGGUGUGCAGUGGAUGCUGCGCAAGCCAACCGCACCAUGUAGACACACAAGUCCCCACUGCGCCGUCUCCAAAGCACGAGAUAUCGAGCGGUUAGGGAAUUGUCUUUUUUCCUGCCGAUCGGGGUGGCCGAUCCAUCGUUUGCUUAAGCUCCUUCAGAUAUAAAUAGGCGCCCAAAACUUAACUUAGGAAAGACGAGCAUCGACUUACAAGACGAAAACCAGAAAAGAUUGAAGGAGCGAUAGCUGGGAUACAGGUAUUAACUAUCAUAAUUCUGAAAUUAAAAGAACUACUUCCUCCUACCAUAGACUUAGACAGAGAAAAAUAAUUCUACUGCUGUUAGCUUUCUGAGUGGAUGCUGAAAAGUAGGCUCCCGUGAAGACAUUGCCUGGCUCGGCAGUUAUCAGAAUGCGCACGGUCUGGGUAAGGUGAUGUUUACAGUCAGACUGAAUUUAAGGGUACAUUUUUGUUAUUGCCAUAUUCUUGUGGGUCCCACACCUUACCGAUGAAUUUAAGUUUACAAGACGAAACCCAGAGGAGGGUAAAGGAACGAUAUUUAGGGUACAGGGGUUAACCAUCAGAAUUCUCAAAUUAAUGGAGCUACUUCCUCCUACCAAAGACAUAGACCGAAACACACAAUUCUACUGCUGUUGGCUUUCUGAGAGGAUAGUUAAAAGUAUGCAGUGAAAAAUGCCUCCCAAUGCGGUCGUCUGCGUUCCAUAACGAUGUUUACCUAUGCCGGUUCAUUUGGUUGAUCGCACUGGAUUGGUGCAACCGCAGUAACAGUGACUUGGUUGUAUGAGACGGUCAAGAGGCCUAUUUGGGCUGGCCGAAUUUGUGCGGGCAGCUAGCCGGUGCAGCCAUGUUACCAUCACCGCCCACACACCAGUAAAACGGGAUCGACCAAUUAAGACGCCAAGAAAAUUUUCGUCGAGAAUAAGGCUCAGUGACUCAGAAAGUAGUUUAUACUCUGGUUUAUUUCUUCAUGUAGUUCUAAUUUUGACAAUAGACCGGGAUUCGUCAUUUUCAAAAAUUAGACUGUUUUCGCAGAACUGCCCCGGUGAAGAGAUUGCUUAGCUCAGCAGUUAUCAUAAUGCGUACGGUCCUAGUGAAGCGACGAUCGAUUUGCGAGCAGACAGGCAUUCCAGGCAGGCGAUCGACGUCACGAUAUUUUCUCGGCAAACAGUACUUUUAGGCAACAGCAAUUUCUGUAACCACUCUACUAUUGAAUAUAAAGAAAGAACCUUGUGAUUUAACUGACUGGUUUGAUAUCACAAUCCAGCUGUCUUCUUGGUAAACCCUACAGGGAGGAAUUGGUCAGCGGAAAGACAACUGACAAGGCAUUGUCUCGGGCGCCGAUUGGAACUCGAACUGUGGCUCCAUCCGUUCUCUCCUACUGA